GACGUCCUAUUAAUAUUUAACCUGUUUGUCCAAACCUUUUGAAUUUUUAACUUGUUUUUCCUGAAAGAGUUCUACUUAGUUAUUUCUUCGGAAGUGAAAAGAAGUCUUUCUUUCAGCAUUGAAAGAAUCCUUUGCAGAACAUGGAGAUAGAUAGUUAUGAACGCAAUAUUACUAACACUACUACCAUUUAUGAAUAUGUAAGUUCGAUAUACAAUCUUACUCAAGAAGAUAGUAAUUGGAUAGUUACCAGUUCUUUUAUUAUUUUCACUAUGCAAACAGGCUUUGGUAUGUUAGAAUCAGGAUGCGUUUCUUUAAAAAAUGAAGUUAAUAUAAUGAUGAAAAAUGUGGUAGACAUAGUUCUUGGUGGACUAACUUAUUGGCUAUUUGGAUUUGGUAUAAGCUUUGGCUUGAAUAAACCCACUAAUCCUUUUGCUGGAAGCGGAGGUUUUUUAAUUGAUCCACCCGUAGGUAGCGAACUUAUGGGUCCAAUAUGUGCUGCGUUCUUAUUUCAAUUAAGCUUUGCUACCACAUCUACAACUAUUGUUAGUGGGGCAAUGGCUGAAAGAUGUAAUUUUAAAGCUUAUUGCCUUUUCUCAUUUUUAAAUACAAUUGUAUAUUGUAUACCAGCAGGAUGGGUAUGGGGUGAUCAUGGAUUUUUAAAAUCCUUGGGUGUGGUUGAUAUAGCUGGAUCAGGGCCAGUACAUCUUGUGGGUGGAGUUUCAGCUCUUGCAUGUGCUAUCAUGCUUGGACCAAGAUUAGGUAGAUAUGAUUUCGGAAUAGAACCUUUACCUCUGGGCUGUCCUGUAAAUGCUAUAAUGGGGCUCUUUGUAUUAUGGUGGGGAUGGUUAGCAUUUAACAGUGGCAGUACAUAUGGUGUAAGUGGUCAACGCUGGCAAUAUGCUGCAAGAGCAGCUGUUUCUACGAUGAUGGCUAGUAUGGGUGGUGGUUUAGUUGGCCUUGGAUUUAGUUUGACUAAUCCGAAUGGGAUUGAUAUCUUGAGUCAAAUAAACGGAAUUCUCGGAGCAUUGGUUGCUGUUACAGGUGGAUGUUUUUUAUAUUGCGCUUGGGAAGCAAUAAUAAUAGGGAUGAUAGGUGGAUUUAUUACUUGUUUUAUGAUGCCGAUUUUAGAUAGAAUACACAUUGACGAUCCUGUUGGAGCAUCCGCUACACAUGGAGCAAGUGGUGUAUGGGGUGUUAUAGCUAUUGGCUUGUUCGCCGAUAAUCCGUAUCCUCUAGGCACUACCAGUGGCAGAAGUGGUUUAUUCAAGGGCGGAGGUUGGUACUUGUUAGGUGUGCAAAGUUUAUCUGUAUUAUGUUUGUCCAGUUGGAGUUUUAUUACUUCCAUAAUAUUGCUGUGGUUAAUUGAUAAAAUCUUACCGAUAAGAAUGAAAGAAGAUGAAGAAUUACUCGGUGCAGAUCUAGUAGAACAUAGAAUACGACACAUGCAGAUCGGAGUGAGUAGAGCAAUGUCUGCUUUUGAUUCUUCUAAGUUAGUUGAUACUUUAAGUAAAGUGAAUCCUGUUGGAAUAAAUCCAGGUCAUAAUUCAUACAUUACAAAAAAACAACGUAAAGGAAAUUUGAUAAGCAUUAACAGUUUAGGUAUCAAAAAAAAAUCUUUGAAUUCUCCAAUACAUGCAGUGACGAAUUCUAUGGCACCUAUAAGAAAUAUACCAUCACACUUGGCGUGGAUCAAUUAAAAACUAGUUAAAAAUAGAUCUUUCUCGUGUGAAUAUAAAUUUAUUAAAAAUGUAUAAACAUUUUUUUAAAUGUCUAUUCAUACAUGCUUCAAGGUAACGUAUACAACCAGCACACAUUCUUUAAUAAAUAUUCAAAUUUGUUCACACUCUUUCCUAUAAUAUAAUUAUGAAUUACACGUAUUAAUAAUAAAUAGGAAGAACAAAGUUCACAUAAUAUUUAGUCUAUAUGUGAUUUCACUUGAUUAUUUUUGUC